CGCUGCCAGACCACUCCCCCUUGGAUUUGCUGCGGAGCAGAGGAGCACUUUCUCUGCUGUUGUAGGCACACUCGUGCUCCGGCCGCGGCUCAUUCAGUCAGCAGACGGUGAACAAGCGUGAGCAGAGCAGACUUUCCGACCAGAGUGCCCAUGUGUAGGAGGUGAACUUCGCCUUCGACCUGAAACUUACACACGCCUGCUUCCAACAAUAGAAACCAAAUUCCUGACAAGAUGAGGCUGUGGCCUAAGCAAGGCCUGGGCCCUUUUAUUUUGCUCACUGUCUCACUAGUCGCCGCAGGCAUUUCAAAUGUCGCUGGCGAAAACCAAAGGGUGGUUUGCUACUACACAAACUGGUCAGUGUAUCGGCCGGGCACAGCGAAAUUCUCCCCACAGAACAUCAACCCCUACCUCUGCACUCACCUCAUCUACGCCUUCGGCGGUCUAACCAAAGAAAAUAGCCUCAGACCUUUCGACAAGUACCAAGAUAUUGAACAAGGUGGAUAUGCUAAAUUCAAUGGACUGAAGAGCUACAACAAGCAGCUCAAGACUCUGCUCGCCAUUGGCGGUUGGAAUGAAGGUUCGACGAGAUUUUCACCCUUGGUGGCCGACCCUGAAAGGAGGCAGGAAUUCGUCAAGAAUGUCGUGCGGUUCCUCAGGACCAACCACUUUGAUGGUCUCGAUUUGGAUUGGGAAUAUCCUGCAUUCAGGGAUGGCGGCAAACCAAAGGACAGAGAAAAUUACGCUUCUCUUGUUGAGGAAUUAAGAGCUGAAUUCGAGAGGGAAUCCAGCAAAACUGGACGCGAAAGGCUUCUACUCACCAUGGCCGUGCCAGCUGGCAUUGAAUACAUUGACAAGGGCUAUGAUAUUCCUUCUCUCAAUAGAAAUCUGGAUUUCUUCAACCUUUUGAGCUACGACUACCACUCUGCUUACGAACCGGUCGUAAAUCACCACGCUCCUCUUUUUGGUGGUGGCGACCCCGACAACGAAUACAAUUUCGAUGCUCAGCUAUCUAUCGACAUCACGAUCAAACACUACAUCAAAUCGGGUGCUGAGCCUUCAAAACUAGUGCUUGGAAUUCCGACCUACGGCAGAUCAUACACACUUUUCAACCCGUUGGCAAACGAAGUCGGCUCUGCCGCUGACGGGCCUGGAGAACAAGGUGACGCAACGAGGGAAAAGGGCUACCUUGCAUACUAUGAAAUUUGCGAGAGCAUCAAGAAGGACGGCUGGACUGUCGAGUCUCCGAACCCAACAGACGUCGGCCCCUAUGCUUACAAGGGAAAUCAGUGGGUGGGCUUCGACGACGUAGAUAUUGUCAAAACCAAGGCUCGUUACGUAGCCGCCCAGGGCCUCGGAGGAGUCAUGUUCUGGUCCAUCGACAACGACGAUUUCCGCGGAAAAUGCCACGACCGGCCCUACCCGCUGAUCGAGGCUGCUAAGCAGGCUCUCCUCGAGUCUUCAAAGCCGAGCACGAGCGAUACGCCCAAGAAAAGCAAGCCUUCGAGCGCGGGACUGAUCCCGCGUAGACAAAAUCGCCCGCAGUCGACCACUUUGCCUGCCAGGAGCGGAGCAAAGAGACCCAGGCCAUUGACCACCACGUCCACAGAGGCGCCAAAGCUUUCGACAACGCCUGUUCCUCCCAGUGCCGAGCUUUUGAGCACACCUGAACCGCCAACUACCCCUGACCCAGGCAGUGAUUUUGUCUGCAAGGAUGAAGGUUUCUUCCCACAUCCCAGGGAUUGUAAAAAGUACUUCUGGUGCUUGGACAGUGGACCUUCCCAGCUGGGAAUUGUGGCCCAUCAGUUCACAUGCCCUUCAGGACUACUUUUCAACAAAAUCGCUGAUUCGUGCGAUUACGCGCGUAACGUGAUCUGCAAGCAGUCAAAGUCGACAACUACCACUACCACCACAGCCGCGCCAUCAACGUCUCAAAAAUCCCCUAUUUACAAGCCAACCACCACUACCACGACCACAACCACCACAACAACUACUGCCGCCCCUGAUGAAGAAGAGUAUGAGUAUGAUGAAGAAGAAUAUGAUCCUCAAGCAAUCAAGGAUCUGGUAGCACUGAUUAAGAAACUAGGCGGUGUCGAGCAACUGGAAAAGCAGUUUGGUGGAAAUGGAAAUAAAGAAGAAAACAAGCAGCCGGCUGUAGUUCCUAACAUCCCCAAAUCUCUGUAUGACAGGGUUUUAGGAAGCAGACCCCGCCCUCAGAGUGGAAGUGGUGGAUCAGUUUUAGUAGAGAAGGAAAUCCCCAGCCGCGAAGAAACACCAAGGUCCAGCAGCUUGAACCAAAGCAGAGGCCCCCAAAAUCAAGGAUUGGAAGAUCUCGAGGAGGUCCGAGGCUUGACAAAGGAAAAGCCUAAGUACACGGAAAUUAGGAAAGCUAGACCUCGUCCUUCUGUGGAUGACGAUGAUGAAGAAGAAGAGGAAAUUGAAGAGCGUGAAGAAAGUGAGCAGUCUGCCCCAGAAGUUAGCACACAGAGAUCUAGAAAGCCAUACAAUCCGAAGUACACCAACAUUAGCAGAGCCAGGCCAUCGACUGUUGCACCCGUUGAGGAGGAGGUUGAAGAAGAACCAGUUGAAAAGGAAGUGAAACGUCAACCGAUACAGGAAGAGGCACCCAAGAGGAAACUGUAUGCCUCCCUGAGCCGCACUAGAAGCACCACCACUGCGGCUCCAGUGCUCGAAGAAGAGAUCGAGGAAGAAGGCAAGACUCCUCUUGAGUUUGAAGGCAGCGAUGAAGUGACAAAGCUCCCUCCACAGGAGGCCACAACCACUGAGCUUUCCCAAGAAACCGCCACCCCCACUGAAGAACCCUCCACCUUCACUCCUUCUGGCUUUUUACUGACAAAACCCGUUACCACCACCACAACCGAAAGUUCGAGGAUUUUCGUGGUGAACGCACAGCCAGCCGUUGAGGCUGCCCCAAGCACAACUUCCACUACCUCGGCUCCCACCACCCUCGAGCAAACCACCACCGAGCAGCCUACAGAGGAGCCCACCACCUUCAGCGCUGCCUCCACUAGCACUGUUACGAGUGUGGUUACCUCAAUCACGGAGUCGCUAGUCACGGGCAGGACCAAAAUCAUUAUCAACAGGAAGCAGUUUAUCUUGCUGCCCAAAUCGACCACCACCAUGGCUCCGUCAACCAAGGAGGAAGAGGAGGUAGUAACUGACUUGCCCACAACCACCUCAACCACUACAACGACGACAACCACCACAGAAGCGCCGACAAGUGCCAUCAAAGGCACCACCAUAAGGUUCAAGCGGCCACUCAUCAGACAAAAGGAGGAAAAAUCAACUUUCCGCAAACAGCUAGUCAGAAAACGACCAUUAAAGGCUGAAAAGCCAACGGAAGAGCCAGAGGUCAAGGAAGAGCAGGUGACCAGGAGGAGUUUCAUUCGCCAGCACCACCGCUUCAACUACUCGUCGACCACCUCUACCACAGAAAGCAUCUUGGACUCCACAACUGAGAAAAAGAGGACUUUCAAAUUAAACAGGGGCCGCACAACGUACGCUUCCUCUGAAGAAACAAAUAAUGAUGAUACGAAUGUUAGCAAAGAGAGACCAAAGUUUGUUCCCCGCAGCAGGACAAGACCCUCGGUGGUAAACACUGAGAGUGCCGAACCCAGCAGCACUGCCAGACCAAUACCUAUUGCAGCUAGGAGGAGGAACCCCUUCACGACCGAACCAACCGCGGUCAGUAAUUCUUCCAAGAGACCUGUCAGCCGAAUUGAAAGAAGACGCCGACCAACUGUCUCGAGCACAACCCCUUCUAGCCCUGCCACCAUCUACUCUGAAGAGUUCACUGCCGAAACCUACGUGCCAACUACUGCUCUCCCACUGGUAACCAGCGAGGAAUUAGCGCCUGAGGUGUCCAGCACGCCCAGACGCAAAACCGUUGUUCUAAUUAGAGGCAGGCCCUCUUCGACCGCGGCCACUCCUGUCAAAUCGCAAUACGACCCGUACGAAGUUAAUAAUCCAGAAGAGUUUUUCCUGCUGUCCAGCUCUCAAACCGGCCCAGACGCCUCUGUCGAAGAAGAGAACGUAAUCGGCACCCUCAAUGACGAGGCUCCAGCCGUUUCGGUUCCCAGCAGAUCUACCUCCCGACCCUUAACCAGCGUCAAUCGUAGACCUUUCCAAAACUCUCGGUCUCGAUCGAGAACCACCGAAUCGCCUUCCUUUGCUAGCAGUCCCGUUCUGGAAACUAUCGACGAUUACACAACCAAGUCACCGCGUCAGAGGUUUGUCGUCAGACGCAAAUUCAGACCAACGACCAAGGACAUUAUAGAGAAUACGGAGGGUAAAGAGUCUCAAUUACCAAGCGUCCCGGAGUCGACCAGCAGUGCUCCCAGGCGUAGUCAGAAUUUGCUCCGCAGAGUGAAAGUUAGCAGCACAACCACCACAACUGAAGAGCCUGUCCAGACCGAGAGUACGGUAGCUGAAGUGGGUGAGACGUCGGCCCUGGUCGCCGAACCCUCGCCCGCCCUUUACUACUCGAAGCAAACUGUCGAUGAGCCAAUCGUGACUGAAGAGAUCCCCUCUGCCGGAUCAGCGCAGGACUUUGAUUUGGCCAAUACUCGCGUUACUGCCCUUGCCCAACUUGCAACUGCUGCUCCAUCAUCUGAGCCUGUCGUUGACCUCUUGGACGCUGAUUUCCCUGACCCUGAGGCAGUGCCAGCCCCUGCUCCAGUCCUGAGCACAGCAGCUCCCGUCAAGAUCAGGCAACGCUCGCAGAGGCCAUCUGCGGCAGUGAAGGAACAAGUAGUGAGGGAACAAAAGCCGUUCACCAAAAUUAACAGAGGAAGCACCAAGUCCCAGCAUAGUCUUGCCCCAGUUGCCCCAUUCACGCAAACAGUCACCUACAAGCAUCAGGAGCCUGUUGAGCACCAACCAACGUAUGAUUACUAUGACGCCGAACCUGACUCGCUCCAGCCAAGCUACACCAAUAAGGUGAAAAUUCACGAGGACGGCAGUCUUGAGUGCCUCGACAGGGGCAACUUCGCGCAUCCCUUCUCUUGUCGAAAAUUCAUCUCAUGCGCCCUAAUGGAGAACGGCGCUCUGCUCGGCUGGAUUUACACCUGUCCGAAGCAUCUCGCCUUUGACCCGAUUGGCGGGAUCUGCAACUGGUCUGGCGGUUGCAAAGAGUAAACCGCCGAUAAUCACAGUGUCGGUGACACACAUGAACAAUAGCAUGUGAUUCAAGCAAAGUGGUGAAUGCGAGAGAGUUUAUACGUUGUAAGAAUUUGAUUUAUUUUUUACUGGAAUUUUAUCUAGGUCUAGUGUGAGCCUUAAGCAUGGAGUAUGGUCUUCCCCGCCCUUUAAAUUGAACAACAACAACAGUUAAAGAAAUUUGAAUUUUGUUAUAUAGUAAUGCUAUGAUCAAAAUAUUUAUUCAAAUGGUAAGGGCGAUUUAUGCAUUUCUUUUGACGGCAAGAAUUUCUAUUCUACUUUCAGCCAUAUUACUUUACAAGAGUAGAACUGAUUCAAGGCCAUGCUGUGUUUGACCACACUGUAAUUGUAACGGAAAUUAUUUUGCAUAAGCUGUAAAAACUUAUUGCUCUGUACUUGUAUAUAAUAAAAUGACAAUAAACACAAUGAAAA